UCAUCCUUAUCAAUGAAUACAUUGAAGACAAAGACACAGACAAAUUCCAACAACAACAAUGCUUCAAAGACAAAUAAUAGAACUACAUCAACUUCAUCUGCAACUACAACAACUGCAACUUCAUCAAAGUUAACAAAAGCGACAACAACAGCGAAAGCGACAACAACAGCAAAAGCGAUAACAACAACAGUAUGCACUCCACUUGGAGCAACAAAUUGUCAAUGGAAGAUUGUGAUGCCUGUGCAUCCUAUACCAAAGUUUGGUCUAAAGGUGCAUCCAUUAGCAAUACUGAUAGGAUGGAUUAAUGCCAAGGCACAUCUACUCGAGCGCUACACCAAAAUCUACAGAGAGAAUGGCUUCUGUACUCUAUCACUCAUUCCAUUAUCAACUGGACACUUCCUUCCAUCAAAGAUGCGUAUUCUAGCACAUAACAUGGCCAACUUCCUCCUGGAAGAGAUGGCCAAUGUUCCACGAUAUAUAAUCAUUCAAGUGUUCUCUGGCAAUGCGACUCUACUAAGUUACUUCUACGAGUUAUUACUCAAUGAGAAGAGAUACGCACCACUUAUACCAUUGAUCAAAGGACAGAUAUUUGAUAGUUCCCCAUCGGAUAUUACAACCGCCGCGGCGUACAAAUCAUUGAUACAACCUUUUCCAAACUCAAAACUGUAUCGAUCACUGAUGUCAGUGACCUGUAGUGUAUACGAGAGAGCAGUUGAUGUCCGAACAUUGAACAGUGAUUUCUGGAAACGACUAUCAUUAUGUCCUGUA